AUGGUGACGAAGGACCAAGUGAUGGAGUUCGCAUGGGGACUGGCGAAUAGCAGGUGUUCAUUUUUGUGGGUGUUGAGGCCCGGUGUGGUGAUGGGCGAAUCUGCAAUAUUGCCGGAAGCUUUCGUGGCGGAGGUUGAAGAUAGAGGGUUGAUCAUCAGCUGGUGUCUGCAAGACCGGGUGUUGAUGCACCCUGCAGUCGGCGUUUUCUUGACUCACUGCGGAUGGAAUUCAAUGGUGGAGGCUCUGUGCGGUGGUGUGCCGAUGAUCUGCUGGCCGUUCAUGGCGGAGCAGCCGACGAACUGUAGGUACGCGUGCGGUGAGUGGGAGAUUGGGGUAGAGACUGAACGGGGUGUGAAACGACAAGAGAUUGAGCGUAUUGUGAAGGAAAUGAUCGGAGGAGAGAAAGGGAAGAAGAGGAGAAUGAAAGCUUUGGAAUGGAAGAAGAAAGCGGAAGCUGCAACAGACGUUGGGGGACUGUGUUACGGCAAUUUUGAUAGAUUCAUUAAGGAAAUUAUUGAUGCAUAA